UUUCUCAUUGCCAAAAUCACCAAAAUCAAACAGUUCAAGUAACACCGGCAUCCGGGGUAGGAAAAGUAAAAACCGGAAGCGGAGGCAUAGGAGGCGGUAGCUUAAGAAUCGGUAACGCAAACGCAAACGCAAAUGGAAACAAAGACGAUUACCCGUUGUGUUGUGAUAACAAUUGGUGUAUUCCCGAGUCUGCUGUAGUAACGGUGAAUACUGCCCUGGGGGCACGGUUUGCGUUGAUGGCAGCAAGUGCUGCCCUUCGAACUAUCCAUAUUAUUGUGAUAGCGGCUGGUGCGUGUCUGAGUCCUGGCUAUGUUGGUUUCUAA